AUGAAUGAACAACAAACAUUUCCCAUAACUACUACGAUUCCUGAUGUCACUACCGGCGAUGAAGAUACUGCUGUAAUUGAUACGAUGAAUAUUAAUAAUAGUUAUUCACCGAAUACUCCAUCCAAAAUUGAAUUACUUCCAAAUCUUACUGAUAAAGAAAGAAAAAUUGAACAUGACUUGGACAAUAACAAUGAUUAUAGUUUUCAAGAUGAUGAGCAAUAUCAUCGUCAUAUACAAGACAUGAUGAUUGAUCAAAAUGACGGUGAUAAUGUGACUGAAGAUACCGAUGACCAAGAAUAUCAAGAUGACAUUAAUCAAUCUAAUAAAAUGGAUACAUUCAAUUUUAAUUUCUCUCUUUCUAAUCCAAAUGAUUCUGAUGAUUCAUUAAAACAAUUAACAAACCUAAACAAAGAUACUGGCAAACCAAUUUAUUCAAAAUCCAAUAACAAUGAUGACAAAAGACCAAGAAAAUUUAUAUGUCGUUAUUGCAAUAAAGCAUUUAGUUUAAUGAAUGUUCUUAAAGUUCAUGAAAGAAUACAUACUGGAGAAAAACCAUAUGUUUGUGAAAUAUGCAAUAAAGCAUUUAAUCAAAGUGGUUCACUAAAUCGUCAUAAGAACACACAUACUAAGCGUAGCAGUGAUAAUCGUAGUUAUUCAUGUCGAUUCUGUCCACGUCAAUUUCUACAUUCUAGUCAAUUACAAGAUCAUGAAACAGUGGAGCAUAGUAUGGAAAUGAAUAUAUCAAUUUCAAAAUCAAAUGAUACAAGAGUUAAUGAUUAUACUACUGUAAAAUUACCAACAUCUUCAUUAUCCACAACAUCUUUACCAAUAAUAUCAACAACGGAAACAAUAAAAACAAUAACAGAAGGAAUAACAGCUGAUUGUAAUAUAUUAAAACAAAAUCAUUUAUCAAGUCAAUUACUUCAUAAUAAAUCAAUAAACAAUAAUACCCUGAAACUUUCAUCUUCAGAACAUAAUAAUAAAAAUUUUGACAAUAAUAAUAAUAAUAAUAAUAAUAAUAAUAGUAAUAUUCUUAAUAAUAAUAUAGAUAACAAUGAUAUAGACAAUAAUAAUUCAAUGUCAUUAUUAAAUUCUAACCAAAAUCUUUUUGAGCUUGAUACAAAAAUGACUGGUGUAACAAAUAAAUUUCCAUUUCCUUAUGGUUUAAAUUUGAUUAGUAAAUUUUUACCAGUUGGUUUAACAGAUGAAUUUAUUAAAUCAUUAGAGAAUAAUAAUCUAAAUGGAUUAUUACAUCAAUUACCUAUAACAACAACUACUACAAUAACAAGUUCUUCAACAGUUGGUAUCACUUCUACUAAUACUGUUUCUGGUAUGAAUAUUUCAAAUAUUAUUAAUCCUAUUAAUAAAGGAAUACUGAAACAGGACUUGUUAGAUAAUACAAAUACAUUUACUUGUACAUUAUGUUCAACAAAUUUAUCAUCGAAAACUGAAUUAGAUAUACACUGGGGACAACAUUUUAUACAACAAAUGGAAGCUCAACUUGGUCCAAUAUCAAACAGUUUAAUACCAUCGUCUUCACUUUCAAAUCCACUUAAUCCAAUUCAUCUCAAUCCGAAUACAUCUUUCAAUGAUAUUAAUUCCAAGUUACCUCAUUCAUUUACAUCGUCUACACAAAAUACAUUAAAAUCAAUUGAACAAACAGAUUUAAAUAAAAUUCUACCUGAAAAUUCAAAUACAACAUAUCCAUUUGAUAAUUGUUUAUCGAAUACAUCUAUAGAUAACAUUUCAUUAUUGAAUUCAACUAAUAUGAAUUCAGCGGCAACUGCUGCUGCUGCUGCCGCUUCUGCAGCUAUGGUAACGGCAUUAAGUCAAUUUUUAUUGGGCAAUACACCUGGCCAAUCACUACCGAAUCCAUCAUUGUUAGCUGCAACAGCUGCACUGACUAAUCCUGAAUUAUUAAAUUCUCUUAUGAAUGCACUGCCACCUACCAUUACUACUACUAAUACUAAUACUACUACCAACACUACUAUUAAUACUAAUACCACUAAUAAAAGUGAUAAUAAUAACACACCAACUAUUCAAAGCAACAUGAACGAACUUAAUCCUAAUCAUUUUAAUAAACUACUGAAUAGUUUGACCAAUGUACAUAACCACUUAAAUUUUCCACGUAGCACAGGACUUUCAAAUAAUAUCGCUCAAAAACUCCUUGAUAUCGAUACUAAUUCAUUUGGACUAAAAGAUCACGCCUUGAAUUUUAUUAUCAACAAAGCAUGUAAUAUAUCGCCUGAUUCAUUGACCAAAUCUCCAACAUCUUCCUCACCGUCAUUGUCAUCAUCAAUUUCACCAUCAGCUAUUAUAACAACAACAAUCGGGACAACAACUAUGACAACAUCAAUUAGUCAAAACUAUUCUUCGUUGAAUCAUUUAAAUCAAAAAACUCCUUCAUCAUUAUCUACACAUUCAAUAUGGCCGUGUAAAUUAGAAUUAGAUUUUACAAAUCGUUCCAUUAUUAAUCCAUUACAAUCGAAUUGUGCAUUAAAUCAAUUAUUUACUGAAUUAGAUACAAAUCUAUCAAUGAAUAUGGCAACAUCGAAUUCAUUUGAUCAACAAAUGUUAUCUACAAUUAAUUUAUCAACUUGUAAAAAUAAUAGUUAUAUCACAGAGGAUUCAUUUAAAUUAAAUAAUUCACGUCAUUUAAGUAUUGACAGUGAAAAUUAUUCCAGUGAUCUUGAAGGCGGCGGUGGUGGUGUAGAAGGUGUAGGUGGUGUUGGCGGAGGAAAUUUAACCGAUUCCACAUUGAGUGGAAGUUUCAAUACUCUAAAAAGAAAACGUUCUAAUUCACCGAAUAACUCAAUUGAUAACAGUAAAUCACGUAAAUGUAAUUUUUGUAAUAAACAAUUUAAUUGUACAAGUGCCUUGAGAAUACAUUAUCGAAAACAUUCAGGUGAACGUCCGUAUAUAUGUCGGCAUUGUGGUAAAGCUUUCUCACAAAAUGGUACAUUAAAACGACAUUCACAAACAUGUAAAGCUGCUUAUAAUAAAAACAACAGUAACACUAAUACCAAUAAUAAUAACAAUAAUAAUGAGAAUCGAGAUGUUCAUUUCAGUCAAAAAUUCCCCACAUCUACACCUACUACCCAUCAUCAAUCAUCAUUCAUUAAGAACAUAUCAAAUAAUAUUACUGAUCCAAUUAAUUUGAAACCAUCAAAUUUUUCAACAUUAUUAUGUGAUCCAAUUGAUGGAUUAUCAGAUACUGAAGGUCAAAUGAAUUUAUCACAAUCCAUAAAUAAUAUUAAUCAUAUAAAAACUACUUUACCUACUACUAUGAAUAGUAUAAAUACUAAUAUGAAUAUCGUACAGAAUAAUAAAACGAAUGUAAAUAAACUAUCGAAUCGAUAUAUUUAUCCUGAACCAACUGAAAAACAAUUACAUAAUUCGGAAAAAUCACAAAUAUGGGAAAAUAGUAAUAUGAAAUUGGAAGAAGGAAAUUGUUCAUUGUUAAAUAAGACAGCACUUCCGUCAAUGGUGACAACGAAACAAGAAAGUAACGCUUCUAAUCCUUUUAAACAACAACAACAAAUUAUUCAUGUCGGUCCAUCAUUGAAUAUUCAAAAUCAAACCGCAACACUUUUGUCAAAUUUUGAUUGGACAAUAUUAACUAAUUAUGAAAUUAAAUUAUUAUUAGAAAAAUUACAUUCACUUGGUAAAAUAUAUGGUUGUAUUGAUUGUCAAACAUACUAUUUAGAUGAGAAAAUGGCAACUUAUCAUUUAAGUAGUAUGCAUGGAAAUUUAAAUGACCAGUCGUCAUCAUCAUCAUCUUCAUCAUCAGGAUCAUCAACAGCAGCAGCAGCAGGAUCAGCAGCAACAUCAGUAUCACCGUCAGUAGAUAAUAGUAGUAAAAAAUUUGAAUGUUUUCUAUGUGGUGUAAAUUUAAAUAAUUCUUUAUUAUUUUUAGAACAUUUUACUCAUUGUUUAUCAAUGAAAAAACAUAAUGGGAUAGAUUUAAUGAUAAAGCAAACUACUACUGACCCAUUGACUAUUCUUUCAGAUAAUAAAGCCACUAACAAUAAUAAUAACGCUAGUAAUAAUAAUAUGUGUAAUGAGUUGGAUAAGAAUGAAGAUGAAAACAUCAGUGAACAAUCAAUAAAUGAAACAAUACAAAUGACAAAUAUUAAAUCACAAGAAUUACAUACUGUUUCAUCCAUUAUAGACAAUGAUAAUAAUAAUAUUAAUAAUGAUAGUAAUCCUGUAUUGAACAAUAUCAAUGAUCAAUCAGAAAUCAAAUUGAAUGGUUAUUGUAUAGAGGAGAGAAAUGAAGUUCAUGAAAAAGAUGAUGAUGAGGAUGAUGAUUUGCAUACAUCAUCAUCACCAUGUAAUAUAACAUUCUCUAAUUCUGUAGAUCAAUUAACCGGGUAAUCUAUUGAUAAAUUAUGAAUGAAUAUUAUAUUUUCAUUUUUCUUUCAUUUCAACAAAAUCAAAAUAAACUAACAACAUUAUUCAGUCUAUAUAAAUAUAA